CCCUGGGGAUGAGCAAUCUAUCUAAAGAAUUGUAUUAUAAAUAUCGAUAUAUUUCAUCAAUUCAUUUAGUAAUUCAAGUAGAUUCAAGGGAAACGUCAAAAAUUUGUCAUUAAUUGAGUUUAAUUCGAUCUAAUUAAAAUCUUUUAUAUGUAAUUUUAAUUUCUUUAUAAAGUGUCGAAAAAUCAUUUUGAUUUAUAAUGAAAUGAGAAAUUAAAUGUUAAAAUGUGGUCUUUUUUUGCGAGAGACCCUACAAAGGAUUUUCCGUAUGAGAUUGGAGAACCUGUUCCAGGUUUAGAAAAUAAAAGUAUUUGGACAUUACAUAAAGCUAAAAGAAAGGGUUCUACUGUGGGAGAAGAUGUAUCCGUAUUUGUAUUUGAAGUCAAAAAUGGUGGAGAACAUUUCUUGGACAUUGCACGCACAGCAGUCAAAAGACUUAAAACACUCAGACAUCCAAGUAUACUUGCGUAUAUUGAUAGUCUUGAGACAGAUAAAAUGGUUUAUUUAGUGACUGAAAGAGUAGAACCAUUGCAGAAUCGUCUUUCAUGCAAAUUAGAUUCUGAAGAUACUAUCAAGAUAGAUUUGUAUUUUUCUUGGGGGAUAUUUCAAGUUACAAGAGCAUUGAAUUUCUUAAAUAACGAUGGUAAUUUACGACACAACAAUGUCAAUUUGUGGGCUGUAUUUGUAAAUGAGGAAAGUGGUGAAUGGAAACUUGGAGGAGUUGAAUACAUGACUGCUGUGGAUACAAUAUAUACAAAAUUGCCUUCAAAUUUUGAAGUAUAUCAACCACCAGAAAUUAAAGAAAAUGCGAAGCCAGCUACUAAAUGCUCAGUUGACAUGUGGGGACUUGGCUGCCUGAUCUGGGAAACAUUUAAUGGGCCACUUAGUAUCCUUACUCAACUUAAAAAUAUUAGUAAAAUACCGAAACAGUUAGCAGUAGUAUAUCAGGAACUAACAGGCGACAAUGCAGAAGGAAGACCAAAUCCUGCAGAUGUGAUAGCUCGCUGUCGUAGCAAUGGGGGAUUUUUCAAAAACAAUCUUGUUGAUGCACUUUUAUUUUUAGAAGAAAUUCAGAUGAAAGAAAGAGGAGAAAAGGGACGUUUCUUUUCACAACUUGCUGGUCAAUUAGAUUUAUUUCCAAAAGGUGUUGGAAGAUUUAAGAUUUUACCACAAUUAUUAGCUGCUUUUGAGUUUGGAGAUGCUGGGAGUGCAGUAUUGCCUCCUUUAUUACAAUUAGGUAAUCAGUUACCUGAUGCUGAAUAUCAACGUCGUGUAGUACCUUGUGUUGUGAAAUUAUUUGCAUCCAAUGUACGAGCAACUAGACUACGAUUAUUGCAACAAUUAGAUAGAUAUAUAGAUCAUCUUCAACCAGCAACUGUAAAUGAAGCUAUUUUCCCGCAGGUAGCACGAGGCUUUUUGGAUAUGAAUCCGGCAAUUAGAGAACAAACUAUAAAAUCCGUUCUGCAUUUAGCUCCUAAGUUAGAUUAUAAUAAUCUUAAUGUUGAAACAUUAAGAUAUUUUGCAAAACUUCAAUCAAAGGAUGAAAUGGGUGGUAUUCGUACAAAUACAACUGUUUGUCUUGGAAAAAUUGCUCAACAUCUCCAUCCACAGAUAAGACAAAAGGUCUUAAUAGGCGCAUUUAUAAGAGGUACACGUGAUUCAUUUCCUCCUGCUAGAACUGCAAGUAUACUAGCUUUAGCAGCAACACAACAAUACUUCUUAUUACAAGAAGUAGCAAAUCGGAUUUUACCUGCUUUAUGUCCACUUACUACAGAUGUUGAUAAGGAAGUGAGAGAUAAUGCAUUUCGAACUAUACGUGGAUUCUUAUCUAAACUUGAAAGGGUUUCAGAAGAUCCUGGACUUCGCGAAUCAAUGGAGGCUGAUGUAAAUACUGCUACACCUAGUUUGAGCAAUGCUGCAGCAACAUGGGCUGGAUGGGCUGUAGCUGCAGUUACUGCAAAAUUUUAUCGUAGUCAAUCGGAUACACCAAAAUCAUCAAACUCUCACAAUACGUCUAGAAUUUUAUUAAAUAAACCUGCUUCUCUAGAACAAGCCAGCAGUUCACAAAGUAGUGCAAGUACAACUGCUACAACAAGUAGUGCAACAAGUAUGACAUCUCUUGAUCAUGAUCAUGAACAUGAUAUUCCUAACACUACGAACACAAAUUCUGACUGUGAUUGGGAUUGUUGGGAUGCUGAUAAUUGGGGCGACAUGGAGCAACAACCUUCAACAUCUGUUCCAUCUAAUUCAGCUACUAAUAUUGCAAUAUCUUCUCAUUCCCCCAAAGCCCAUGAUCAAUGGACAAGUCUCGAAGAAGAACCGGAAGAAGAAGCAAUACAGGGAAUAGAGGAUAAAAAUGAAAUUGUUGAAGUAGGUUGGGAAGAUUCUGAAUUUCAACCACUUGAAGAUGUACAACCUAUAGAACAGAUAGGUAUACUUAGUGGAAACAAUAAAUUUGAAGAGGCUAAAAGAAAAAGAGACGAACGGAAAUUAGCUAGACAAAGACAAAUGGAAGCAAAGAGAGCUAUAAAAUUAAGAACUAAUACAAUUAAUAAAAAACUUUAAUUAAAAUAUCAAA